CACACACACAUACACUCAGGCACACAACUGUAGAAGGAGCGUGCAUGUGUGUGCGUGUGUGUGUGUAUAUACAUACAUAUAUGUGAAUCGAGUGAAAAUCAAUUUUCGUUAGUUAAUUUUGUACUCGUUGCAUUGCACUCAAGAGUCUAUUUGAGCUAUAAACAAAAAUACAAAACCACACAAACCAAAAGUGCAAUAAAAUAUAAAUAUAUAGAAAUUAUAAAUAAUGUCGUCGGCUGGCGAUGCAGGCGCUGGCGCAACCAACGCCAGCAAUGUUGCCGUUGUACAGGCAACAGUUGCUGACAAUAACAGCAGCAUUGUUUCCGCCGCCGCCAACAACAACAACAGCAACAGCAGCAACAACAAUAGCAGUGGUGGCGGCGUUGUUGUUACAACAGCAGGUGGCUCUAAGGCGCAGCUGCCGCUAACGCCGCGUUUUACCGCCGAGGAGAAGGACGUGCUUUACACAUUAUUCCAUCGGCACGAGGAUGUUAUUGACAUCAAGCAUCGCAAGAAGCAACGCAACAAGUAUUCGGUGCGUGAGACUUGGGAUAAAAUUGUGCGUGACUUUAACUCGCAUCCGCAUGUGAGCGCCAUGCGAAAUAUAAAACAAAUACAAAAGUUCUGGCUUAACUCAAGGCUGCGCAAGCAAUAUCCUUAUCGUGACGGCAGCAGCGCGAAUGCUGGUAAAGUGAGCGUGGUUGCUGGCAACGCACAGCAUCAACAGCAGCAGCAAUCACAACAUCACGAGGGCGUUAAAGUGGAGCCAGAAUAUCAAAUAAGUCCUGAUGCCUCGGAGCAUAAUCAACAGGGUGACACCUUUGAUGAUAUUGAAAUGGAUGCGAAUGAUGUUAGCGAAAUGGAGGAUGAUCCACUCGAAAGCCAACAACAACAGCAGCAGCAGCAGCAGCAGCAACAGCAACAACAGCAGCAGCAGCAACAGGCUCAAGUGGAAGUGCAGCAACAAUCGGUUGCUGUGGCAGAGAUGCAAAAGUUGCAAGUAAAUGCGGCUGCUGCUGUGGCAGCUGCAAAUGCCAGCAUGUUGAAUACACAUCAGAUAAACGUGGAUCAAAUAAGCGCCGAUAAGUUAACACUUAACGAUUUAUUACAUUUCAAGCCGGCGCGUCCAAGAGAGGAGAUCAUAUUGCAGAUAAAACAUCCAUCGGAUGCAACAACCACCCAGAUACACACGAUACCAGCGCAACAGCAGCAGCAUACAAUGGCCACCAUUACCGCUGGCGGUUACAAUCAGCAAAUCAUAAGCGAAAUCAAGCCACAGCAGAUAACACUGGCCCAAUACCAGGCGCAGCAGCAGCAGCAGGCGCAAGCGCAGGCACAGGCUCAAGCGCAGGCGCAGCAAUUGGCGCAACAGCAGCUGGCAGCGCAGCAGCAAUUGGCAGCAGCAGCAGCGGCGGCAGCGCAUCACCAGCAGCAGCAACAACAGCAGCAGCAGCAAGCAGCCGCGGCGGCAGUUGUAGUGCAGCAGCAGCAACAGCAGCAACAACAACAACAACAGCAGCAACAGCAACAACAGCAGCAGCAGCAACAACAACAAGCAGCGGCAGCUGCAGCAGCAGCAGCUGUUAAAAUGCAGCUGGCUGGCGGCACGCCCACAUUCACAUUUAGCGCAUUGCCCACAGUAACAACAGCAACACCUGUCUCCGCCGUAACAGCAGCAGCAGCGCCCGCAACAGCAGCAGUGAAUGUCAGCGGCAGCAGCAACAGCGGCGUUAUUGCUGUCAGCGGCGGCAGCAAUGCCGAGAGCUAUGAGGAGCGCAUCAACUUCUUCAAAGUGAAGGAAGCGGAGCUGCGCUGCAGGGAGCAACAACUGGCCACCGAGGCUAAGAAGAUUGAGGUGAACAAGGCGCAGGAUGAGCUCAAAUAUAUGCGCGAGGUGCAUCGCUUGCGUGUCGAGGAAUUGAGAAUGAAAAUACGCAUAUUGCAAAAGGAGGAGGAACAGCUGCGUAAAUGCUCAAGCACAUGAGAUCUGGAGGACAUAAGCGAUGCCGAGUUGGAGCACGAACUGCUGUUGCAACACCACCACCACCACCAGCAGCAGCAGCAGCAGCAACAACAGCAGCAACAGCAAUCGUAUGCCGAAGUCGAUAUGGACAUGGAUAUGGAAUUGCUGCUCUAACAAACGCGCAGCGCUUAGUCGAAUUAUUUUACACAUAAUUAUUAUUAUUUUUUACAAUUAAAUGCAUUUUUUUUCUGUGGGGGGACGGGGCGGGAUUCUCUAGCUCUUAAGAUAAUUUUUAUCCAAAAAUUGUAUUUGUAAACAAAUUUUAAAAUACAAUAACAACACAAAUGAAUAAG